UUUAAAAUAAGUUCUUCAUGUUGUGCAAUUGUCUUUUAGAUUUUGCCAAUGUUUUCAUUUUUAUGUUGGAAAUAAAAUUUUAAUUCAAUUCAAGAAAAUGCUGACUACAUAUUGGAAUUCAAUUUUUACAGGUGCUCCUUACUAGAGAAUUACAUAUUUACAUGGAGAAAAUUUCAAUUCUUGGUUUCAUUUUAGCUAUUCUCUAUUUCAUAACAACAGAACUUGCAUGUAAUGGUCAUACCCAUAUCGACAACAAUGUUCAAUAUGAACAAAAGGCUCUUAUCGACUUCAAAAGUGGUCUCAAAGAUCCCAACAAUCGGCUUUCAUCAUGGAAAGGAAGCAAUUAUUGCUAUUGGCAAGGAAUUAGUUGCAAAAAUGGCACAGGAUUUGUCAUUUCAAUUGAUCUUCAUAACCCUUAUCCUCGUGAGAAUGUAUAUGAGAACUGGAGCUCUAUGAACUUGAGUGGAGAAAUUAGUCCUUCAUUGAUAAAACUCAAGUCUUUGAAAUAUCUAGAUUUGAGUUUCAACUCAUUCAAAGCCAUGCCAAUUCCUCAAUUCUUUGGGUCUCUGGAGAAUUUAAUAUAUCUAAACUUAUCGAGUGCUGGGUUUAGUGGAUCAAUUCCUUCAAAUUUAAGGAAUCUUUCUAGCUUGCAAUAUCUCGAUCUUUCUUCUGAGUAUCUUGAUGAUAUUGAUUCUGAGUAUCUUUACGAUAUUGAUUUUGAAUAUUUUAAUAAUUUAUUUGUUGAAAAUAUUGAAUGGAUGACUGACCUUGUUUCCUUGAAGUAUCUUGGUAUGAAUUAUGUUAACCUUUCAUUGGUAGGAAGUCGGUGGGUUGAGGUGGCAAACAAGCUUCCAAGUUUAACGGAGUUGCAUCUAGGUGGUUGUAGCCUUUCUGGCUCAUUUCCAUCUCCAAGCUUUGUUAAUCUUACUUCACUUGCUGUUAUAGCUAUCAACUCGAACCACUUCAAUUCCAAGUUUCCUGAAUGGCUUUUAAAUGUCAGCAACCUUGUAUCCAUUGAUAUAAGUUACAAUCAAUUACAUGGGAGAAUUCCACUUGGUCUUGGUGAGCUACCCAAUUUGCAAUACUUAGAUCUAUCUUUAAAUGCCAAUCUCAGGGGUAGUAUCUCUCAACUAUUGAGGAAGAGUUGGAAAAAGAUAGAAGUUCUAAAUUUGGCUCAUAAUGAAUUACAUGGUUCAAUACCAAGCUCCAUUGGAAACUUUUGCAACUUAAAAUAUCUGGAUUUGGGGGGUAAUUACUUGAAUGGAAGUUUACCUAAGAUUAUCAAAGGACUUGAAACCUGCAGUUCUAAAAGUCCUUUGCCUAAUUUGAGGAAGUUAUAUUUGUCUUACAAUCAAUUGAUGAGAAAAUUGCCGAACUGGUUGGGUGAGCUUAAAAAUCUCAGGGCACUCUAUUUAUCCAGUAACAAAUUUGAAGGUCCCAUCCCUACUUCUUUAUGGACAUUGCAACACCUGGAGUAUUUGUAUCUUUCACGGAAUGAGUUGAAUGGAAGUCUCCCAGUUAGUAUUGGACAACUUUCUCAACUGCAAGGCUUGUUUGUUGGUUCCAAUCAUAUGAGUGGAAGUCUCUCUGAACAACAUUUUUUGAAGCUGAGUAACGUGGAGUAUCUACGGAUGGGCUCCAAUUCUUUCCAUUUGAAUGUCAGUCCCAAUUGGGUUCCCCCUUUCCAAGUGAAAUAUCUUUUUUUGGAUUCAUGCCACUUGGGUCCUUCAUUUCCGGCUUGGCUGCAAUCUCAAAAGAACCUCGAGUAUCUUGAUUUAUCAAAUGACAACAUUUCAAGUCCCAUUCCAGACUGGUUUUGGAAUAUUUCUUUGAAUCUGCAACGGUUGAAUCUUUCUCACAAUCAGUUACAAGGUCAGCUACCAAAUUCAUUAAAUUUUUAUGGUGAAUCAAACAUUGAUUUCAGUUCCAACCUCUUUGAGGGACCUAUUCCUUUUUCAAUCAAAGGGGUCUAUUUACUAGAUCUCUCCCAUAAUAAAUUUUCUGGCCCUAUCCCACUGAGCAAAGGUGAAUCCAUGUUAGACUUGAGAUACCUUCUUCUUUCCGAUAAUCAAAUAACAGGGGCCAUCCCAUCAAACAUAGGUUAAUCCCUACCCAGCUUGUAUUUCUUUUCUCUUUCGGGUAAUCGAAUAAUAGGGACCAUCCCAGAUUCCAUAGGACACAUCACCUCUCUUUAUGUCAUUGAUUUUUCAAGGAAUAAUUUGACUGGAAGCAUUCCUUCUACCAUAAAUAAUUGCUCUAGCCUUUUGGUUCUAGACAUUGGAAAGAACAAUUUGUUUGGGAUAAUACCAAAGUCGUUGGGCCAAUUACAAUCGCUCGAAUCACUGCACUUGAACCAUAACAAGCUUUCAGGAGAGCUCCCCUCAUCUUUCCAAAAUUUAACAGGUUUGGAUGUCCUUGAUCUCAGUUACAAUAGAUUAUCGGGUCAGGUUCCUGCUUGGAUUGGAGCUGCUUUCGUAAAUCUUGUAAUUCUCAACUUGAGGUCGAAUCUGUUUUUUGGAAGACUUCCCUCCCGACUUUCAAAUUUAAGCUCCCUGCAUGUCUUAGACAUUGCACAAAACAAUCUGAUGGGUGAAAUUCCAAUCACUUUGGUUGAGCUUAAAGCCAUGGCUCAAGAGCAAUUGAAUAUAUAUCAGAUAAAUGUGAAUGUCAACUCCUCCUUGUAUGAAGAACGAUUGGUUGUGAUUGCCAAAGGCCAAAGUCUUGAAUAUACCAAGACUCUUUCUCGUGUUGUAGGCAUUGACCUAUCCGACAAUAAUUUAAGUGGAGAGUUUCCCCAAGAAAUAACAAAAUUGUUUGGUUUGGUGGUUUUGAA